AUGAGACACAACCAGGGCAACACACGGCCAUACGAGAAACACAAUCAGGGCAACACACGACCACAUAAGACACACAAUCAGGGCAACACACGACCACACGAGAAACACAAUCAGGGCAACACACGACCACACGAGAAACACAACCAGGGCAACACACGACCAUACGAGAAACACAAUCAGGGCAACACACGACCACACGAGACACACAAUCAGGGCAACACACGACCACACGAGAAACACAAUCAGGGCAACACACGACCACAAGAGAAACACAAUCAGGGCAACACACGACCACACGAGAAACACAAUCAGGGCAACACACGGUCAUACGAGAAACACAAUCAGGGCAACACACGACCACACGAGAAACACAAUCAGGGCAACACACGACCACACGAGAAACACAAUCAGGGCAACACACGGCCAUACGAGAAACACAAAGGGGGCAACACACGACCACACGAGAAACACAAUCAGGGCAACACACGACCAUAUGAGAAACACAAUCAGGGCAACACACGACCACAAGAGAAACACAAUCAGGGCAACACACGACCACACGAGAAACACAAUCAGGGCAACACACGACCACACGAGAAACACAAUCAGGGCAACACACGACCAUAUGAGAAACACAAUCAGGGCAACACACGACCACACGAGAAACACAAUCAGGGCAACACACGACCACAAGAGAAACACAAUCAGGGCAACACACGUCCACACGAGAAACACAAUCAGGGCAACACACGACCACACGAGAAACACAAUCAGGGCAACACACGACCACACGAGAAACACAAUCAGGGCAACACACGACCAUACGAGAAACACAAUCAGGGCAACACACGACCAUAUGAGAAACACAAUCAGGGCAACACACGACCACACGAGAAACACAAUCGAUCAGGGCAACACACGACCAUAACUUGA